AUGGAAGUCAUUACGCCAAUCAAACGCCGGGAUGGCAUCUUCUCCACACGCUUCGCUGGCGGACGUGUACCGCUCACUCCCUCACCCAAGACACCUCGUACUCAGGUGAUCUCCCAAGAGGUGCAGACCGAGAGCAUACACCAUGCCAACGCCUCGCUCAUGUCCCGCCUGCAACGCUCAGUCUCCAAGCCCACACGUGAGUCGCCCAAGUCCAACAUCGCCAGCCGUCCUUCGCGAGACUCUCCACGAAGGAUCGACCUCGGCCUCAGCGACUUCACACUCACAGGCACCGGUCCUCGUCCAAGCACAGCCGUCUCGGCCAAGAACACGCCGUCUCGUGCCCGCCACGGUCGUGCGACUUCCACACAGAGGACACCCAAGCGGACUCAGAGCAAAGUCAACUACACCGCGGCCGACCGGUUCAUCCCCAACCGCACCGCCAGCGAAGCCAUCUCCACAUCCGGCGCAGCUGUCAAGCUCGACUCCAACGAGCAGACCCCUGGACGGCGGCCAAAGUCGAGCGCAUCAAGCGAUGGGUCGGCGGUACUUGCUGCGAGUGCCGCCAGCGCUUUCGACAUUGGCCGUCCACAUUCUUCUUCUUCCCACGAUGCUUCUGCCGGUCUCUCUUUCGAAGGUCUUUCCCUCAAUGAUGGUCAAGAGGAUGACGAAGACGAGGCUCCCAAGACCAAGGCCAGCCCGAACACAGUUGCAUACCAGCAAUCCGUGGCCGAGGCUUGCGGUGUCUCCAUCAAGCAACGCAUCCUUGCCUUCAAGCCAGCGGCACCAGAGUCCUCCCGUCCCAUCGACCUCCGAUCCCAAUACAAUCGCCCCGUCAAGCCCGCCGCAGCUUCUGCAUCUCAAUUCCGUCGCCGUGUCCUCACAGCACCGGAGCGUGUCCUCGACGCACCAGGUCUAGUAGACGACUACUACCUCAACCUCCUCGACUGGUCCUCCGGCAACCAAGUCGCCAUCGGUCUCGAACGCAACGUCUACGUCUGGUCCGCCGAAUCCGGCACCGUCUCCUCCCUCCUCGAAUGCCCAGCCGACACCUACAUCUCCUCGGUCAAAUGGUCCGGCGACGGCGCCUACGUCGCCGCCGGCCUCGGCACAGGCGAAGUCCAAAUCUGGGACGUGGAAGACGGCACCAAACUCCGCUCCAUGUACGGCCACGACACGCGUGUCUCCGUCAUGGGCUGGAACAAACACGUCCUUUCCACCGGCGCCCGCUCGGGUCUAGUUUACAAUCACGACGUCCGCAUUGCCAACCACAAAAUCGCGGAACUCGUUUCCCACACCUCGGAAGUCUGCGGCCUGGAAUGGCGCGCCGAUGGCGCUCAGCUAGCGACAGGUGGCAACGACAACCUCGUCUCCAUCUGGGACGCCCGCCACCUCAACGCCCCGAAGUUCCAAAAGACGAACCACAAAGCCGCCGUCAAAGCCCUAGCCUGGUGCCCAUGGCAAUCUAACCUCCUCGCUACGGGCGGAGGCAGCCACGACCGCAACAUCCACUUCUGGAACACCACCUCGGGAGCCCGCGUCAACAGCAUCGAUACCGGAAGCCAAGUCACGUCCCUUCGCUGGUCGUUGGGAUACAAGGAACUCGUUUCCUCGUCCGGGUUCCCCGAUAACUCCCUUUCCAUCUGGUCUUAUCCUACCCUUGUCAAGAAUAUCGAGAUUCCCGCCCAUGAGUCGAGGGUUCUGCACAGCGCACUCAGCCCGGACGGACAGAUGCUCGCUACUGCUGCGGCGGACGAGAGUCUGAAGUUCUGGAAGGUUUUUGAGAAGAAGGCUGGCACGGCGAAUUUGGCGGGGUUGGCGAAUACGGCUGCUGCCAAGGGGUUGUCUAAGGCUACUACUAUUCGUUAG